AAGCGAAAGCCCAGCCCAAGCAGUCCAACUCCCUGCGAUUCUCCAUCCACCAAUCCUCUCCGCACAAUGAUCUCACGGUCGGCGAUUGGUCCCAAGGCACAGCUUGCCCUUCGCAGGCAAUGCUGUGCUCAUCCAGCAAACCGCCGCGGCCUCGCCGCCUCCAUCUCCGGAUCGACCUCCUUCUCGUACGAGACUGCGGAUGUGAACGGAAUCAAGGUUGCCAGCAGAGAUGUUGCAGGACCGACUACGAAGCUUGCUGUGGUUGCAAAGGCCGGAACGAGGUAUCAAUCGGCCCCUGGCUUGACCUCUGGUUUGGAACAAUUCGCGUUCAAGAACACCCUCAAGCGAUCUGCAUUACGAAUCACAAGAGAAUCCGAGCUUCUUGGAGGCCAAUUGACCGCAUACCACACGAGAGAGGCCUUGGUUAUUGAGGCGAAGUUCCUCAGAGAAGAUCUACCAUACUUCACAGAGUUACUUGGAGAGGUUAUCUCACAAACAAAGUACACCGGUAGGCCAAUUGCUUCGGGGACUGGCCUAUGGACAGUCACGCUGACAGUUUCCGUUUAGCUCACGAGUACCACGAGGAGAUCGAGCCCAUCAUCAAGCUUGCCCAGAAGAAGCUCCUCGGUAAUGUGUCUGAGCUUGCCAUCAACUCCGCACAUGGUGUGGCUUUUCACAGAGGUCUGGGUACGCCUCUUUACCCAUCUUCCUCGACCCCUCUGGCCAAAUACCUGAACGAAGAAUCCAUUUCUCAGUUCUCUCAGAGCGCAUAUGCCAAGCCAAAUUUCGCUGUUGUUGCAAACGGUGCUAGCCAGGCCGACUUGAGCAAAUGGGUUGGUGAAUUUUUCAAGGAGUCAAAGACCUCAUCCAGCACGUUGUCGGGUGAAGCAACCAAAUACUAUGGCGGAGAAGAACGGAUUGCACAUAACGCCGGCAACUCUUUCGUGAUUGCGUUCCCUGGCUCAAGCUCUUUCACCGCAGGAGGUUCAUACAAGCCAGAAAUUGCAGUUCUUGCGGCUCUUCUUGGUGGAAAGUCAAGCAUCAAGUGGUCCCCUGGAUUCUCGCUUCUGUCCAAAGCUGUCUCUUCGUUCCCUGGAGCUGGCGUUGCCACCACUCACUUGGCUUACUCUGAUGCUGGCCUCCUGACUAUCCAGUUAAGCGGCUCUGCAGCAGCUAUCCGUGGCGCUUCGGCUGAGGCCGUUAAAGCACUGAAGAGCGUUGCUGAGGGUUCAAUCAGCAAGGAGGACUUCACCAAGGCUGUUGCACUAGCAAAAUACCGUGCUCUGGAAGAAGGCCAGAACAUUGAGGCCGGUCUCGUUGUCACUGGCGCUGGACUGGUCCACGGCGGGAAGGCUUUCCAGAUCGAUGAAGUUGGUAAGAGUGUCGAGUCAGUGACUGCCGAGAAGUUGAAGUCGGCUGCUAAGGCAUUACUCGAGGGUAAGGCGACAGUUUCAGCUGUCGGAGAUCUCUAUGUCCUCCCAUAUGCAGAGGAGUUGGGUCUCAAGGUAUAAGAUCUUCAUUAGUAUGGGAGGAAGGGUAAAGGGGUUGUAUCAACAGCUCUAGAGUGUACUGUAGAUAUAUGAGCAAUUUGACCGUGCAAAAUCUCCGUG